GCCCGAGCUGGAGCGGAGCUGUCCGGUACAUCCGGCUGUGGCUUCUCAACAUAAACAGCAAUGGCGGAGGCAGCAGCAGCGUCUACGGCGGCUUCACCAGUAACAGGAGGUUGGACCAAACACGUAACCUGCAGAUAUUUCAUGCAUGGUCUUUGCAAAGAAGGAGAGAACUGUCGAUAUUCCCACGACCUGACCAACAGCCAACCUGAAGCCAUGAUUUGCAAGUUCUUUCAGAAGGGAAACUGUGUGUUUGGGGACCGUUGCAGGUUUGAACACUGUAAACCGGAAAAGAAUGAGGAGUUGCCAACACCACAGACGCUGCCGCUGCCCUCUGUCUCGCCUUCCGGCUCGUCAGACCCAGAACCCAGUGGGCCAACACCUGGUUCAGGGGCACAAGACUGGGUCAACGCUGCGGAGUUUGUCCCAGGACAGCCGUACUGUGGACGGGCCGAGCCAGUGAACGCAGAGACCUCCGUCCCUCUCAUCGAGGAGUUCGACAGUGAGGCGUCGCAGAACAACAAAGAGCUGAGGAAGCAGCUCUGUCCGUAUGCAGCUGUUGGAGAGUGCCGCUACGGAAUCAACUGUGCUUAUCUCCACGGGGAUGUGUGUGACAUGUGCGGCCUCCAGGUGCUCCACCCCACUAACAACGCCCAGCGCUCCGACCACACUAAGGCUUGCAUCGAGGCCCAUGAGAAAGACAUGGAGAUUUCAUUUGCCAUCCAACGCAGCAAAGACAUGAUGUGCGGUGUGUGUAUGGAGGUGGUGUUUGAGAAGGCCAACCCAAGCGAGCGCCGCUUUGGCAUCCUCUCCAACUGCUGCCACUGCUACUGUCUAAAGUGCAUUCGCAAGUGGAGGAGUGCCAAGCAGUUUGAGAGCAAAAUCAUCAAGUCUUGCCCAGAGUGUCGAAUCACAUCCAACUUCGUCAUCCCAAGCGAGUACUGGGUGGAGGAAAAAGAAGACAAGCAGAAACUCAUCCAGAAAUACAAGGACGGCAUGGGGAGUAAACAGUGUCGAUACUUUGACGAGGGCCGCGGAACGUGUCCUUUUGGCUCAAAUUGCUUCUACAAGCACGCCUUUCCUGACGGACGGCUGGAAGAAGCGCAACCUCAGCGAAGACAGACCGGCUCCAACAGCAGGAAUCGGAACUCGAGGCGAACACCGCUGUGGGACAUCUUUGACGAGCGGGAAAGCACCGACUCGUUCGACAACGAGGACGAGGAGAUGGUGACGUUUGAGCUGAGCGAGAUGCUCCUCAUGCUGCUCGCCGCGGGAACCGACGACGAGGUGACAGAUUCAGAGGAUGAAUGGGACUUGUUUCACGAGGAGCUGGACGAUUUCUAUGAGAUUUACCUAUAGCAGCCCCGCCCACAACCCCCCCCCCCCACCCCCCACCCCCAUGUAUACUAGACUAGAAUGGACUGUCUUGUGCGAGUGAUGGACAGUAGCUUCUUCCCCCCCAACUCUUGUAUUGUGGCAGUGCCUUUAAGCAGGCCAUUAAUAAAUGAACUUAUAAAAUAUAAAACAAAUAAAAAAUCCAACAAAUCAGUGCGCUCGUGCUAAACAUUUUCUAGACCUCUAUCCUCGUGAGUCUAUCUUGUGCAGUUCAUGUUUAAAAGGAAAAAUAAUAAAAUUAAAAAAGAACUCGAUAUAAGAUUUAACAGAAAUUAUAACUUCAAAUAUUGCUAAUAAACAUUGUCAAGUUUAUUUGUGGGUGUGGGUUUGACUUGUUCAUUUACCCAGGUGUUAAUAUGUACUUCCGGGACUCUGAGGAUGCACUUGAACUUACUCGGCACCAUUUACUGUAAUCGUGAUGGGCAUGUUGUAAGAUUUUAAAUACGGUUUUUGAAGGCCGGAACUUUUUUUUUUCUUUCUUUCCUUUAUUAAAGCCGCUGAUAGCCAAUAUAUCGUGCUGAUGUUUAAUGCAUUCACCAUAAUUCAUGUUGUACUGAACAAUAGUUACAGUGUCCCCUUCUUUAAGGGCUAAAAAGUCUUUCAUGAGGCGUUAAGAUCAAUAUGGAGCAUAAACUGUCCAUCAAUGAAACUCUUGUAAAGUGUGUAGGUUGACCACUAGCCCUGAUCCUGAAUAGCCAUCUUUGUAACUCAGACAUGACCAGCUCAUAACAAUUGUUCCGGAUAUAUUUUUCUUUUAUAUAAAUGUACAUAUUUCAACUUCAACCUCUCAUGCUGAGUUUCUAAUAGGAUUUGAACCGUAAAUUCUCAAGCACACUAAUUGGAGCCCACAAAGUGCUGCUCAGUGCUGCCCCUGCUGGCUGGAGGUUAUAUUACAGCUAUACUACUGAACAAAAUGGCACUCACCUUUUUUUUUGCAUAUCCUCCAGCCACCAGGGGGCAGCACUGCAGUCAGUGAGUCCCAUUCUUCAGUAACAAGUGUUUGCUUUACAAAGACAGCGGGAUUCUAUGACAAAUCCUGGAUCAGGGCUAAGGGUUAACCUUCUAAGUGACCCUCACCUUUGUCUUCUCUCUCACACACAGACACACACACACAUGUGCACCUAAGUAGUCUGGGAAACAUUUUGCCUUUUUUGAAUGAAUAUUGUGCAAUUAAGUUGAAAUGUUCUGUCAGGUUUUCCAGAUGCUUUUUUUGUCUGUGAUCCAACUACGAAGAUGUAACUAACUAAUACUCCGAAAUUGGCCUCCACACAUCAGUCAACUAGAAAAAAGAAAACUUUAUUUAAAAUCUUUUCCCUUCCACCAUCCUGAAUCUCCGCAUCCAGGAAACACCUGUGGUGGUCAAAAGGCGAGUCCUUCCUCAGUACCAGGCUAAAGAGUCAACACUUUGAACUCUUACAGUGCAGAUGAUCACGGAGCUGAGACUUCGAAGUUUCCAACAAACACCAGUGUGAUGUUUAGACUCACUGCUGAGUAAUGCUUUGCUGCGCAGACGCUCGUCCAGACUCCCGAUAGCCGGUCUCAACCUGUUAAACUCCAUUGGAUUGCAUAUGUUUAUACUGAAAUGUGUGUUUUCUAUGUUCCGCAACCAUCCAUCUUAACUUGAAAUUAAAGUUUGUUAUCAAUCUCUA